AUGUCAGGAGGACAUCAAUCAGGAGGAGAUGCAUGGAAAUUGUUCAAGACCAAUAUAGCUAGAACCAAACAAAGAGUAUUGGCAAAGGUUGGUGCUGCAGAAUCAACUGUAGACAGUGCAAUUGCAGCAGAAGCCGAUAAACUCUUUACACUCUUUAAACUUAUGAAGAGAUUAAACAAGAGUGUAGAUAAAUACAAUGAAAUAUUAAAGAGUAUAGUAUCUGAUAAGCACAUUCAUCCGCGUUUAAAAGGUAUUGCAAUUGUUCAAAAUGAAAUGGCACAUGAUAUCUUAUCAUUUGAUGAAAAGGAUCCAAAUUAUUGUUCAUUCCAAGAAUGUCAUAGAGUCAUUGAAGCUCAAAGAAUGAUGAUGGAAGAAUAUAUUGAAACAUAUUAUCAUGAUCCAUUACGUGAAUAUUUAUCACAAUUUAGAGAGAUUCAAGAUCGUUUACAAGAACUUGAUCUUCGUAGAGUAGAUAUGGAUAGAUAUUUUAGAGAUUACUCGAUCAAGGCCAACAAGGGCAAAGAUGCUACUAGUCUUGCAAAGACAGAAGCCAAGCAUCAAAAGACAAAGGAGGGAUACCAAACAUUGAGUGAAGAGCUCAUGCGUGAUAUUCCACUGUUGUUUAACGACAGACAAUCUGUUUUUGAUCCAGCAUUUGCUGCAUUUAUCAACAGUAACUCUAAAUUCUUUGUAGAGACAUCACGUGCCUUCCAAAAGGCACAUUCACAGGUACAAAACAUCAACGAAUUCAAUGCAGUCAAUCAUCCAUGGGUCAUUACACCUAUUGAUAGUUCUGCCAUGUCUAAAAACAUACGUUCGUCGGCAGUUUUUACCUCGCAGACCUAUGCAUCUGGUUCGUCACCAGCAUCACGUCCACGUGCAUCUACCAUUGCCACUACUUCACCCACCUCUAGUGGUAGUCCCGCACCAUACAAACCACCCGCCUACAAUGAAUACCAACCAUCAUCGACAUCACCAUCAAUGUCGACUGCUUCACCACCAAAUCCAAGACAUUCGGUUAUAUCACUUGAUAAAUCACCCUAUCCACCUCAACAACAACCUCAACAAACCUAUUCUCCUCCACCUACCACUUACCAACAACCAUCUGCUCCACCUACCUCUUCACUCUCACCACAACAACCAAGAGUGUCACCUCCAAUGGCUGGUAAAAUGCCACCAAGAGUAAACGAUGGUCGUGCUCUUCCAGUACCAGUAGCAAAACCAAAACAACCAACUGGUGAGGCACUCUAUGACUUUGUCGGUCAAGAUAGCUCCGAAUUGACUUUUAAACGUGGUGAUCGUAUCAUUUUACAUUCAACUUCUGGUGAUUGGUUAGAUGGUGAAUUAAAUGGUAUUAAAGGUUCAGUUCCAAAUAAUUAUAUUAAAAUCUUAUAA